AUGGGUUAUGACUUCAAUUCAUUUGUACAGUCGUUCAAUCGCGGUACGAAUACUUGGGUUAAAAACAAUAUCUUCCGUCGUUUGAGAUGGUUGGAUAGCAAACCGCUGGCACACCUUAUCACGUUAAUGUAUUUAGCGAUAUGGCAUGGUUACCAUCUGGGAUACUUUCUAAUAUUCGGCCUAGAAUUUGGCGCCAUGAUGGCUCAGCAAGAGCCUGUGAAAUCGCUCUAUUUCAUCGGCUACAUCUUUUACUUUAUAAUAUGGCCGAUACUCUAUCGCGUACUUCUAAACAUUCUUCCACUGAGAAAAAACGAAGAGGAAUGUCAAGCCACCACGGAUGUGAAGAAGACGAAAACGUCGUAA